AACAUGAUUCCUUGAACUUUAUUAUCCAUAUAAAACCGGAAAAUUGAUGAAAUAGAAAGUUAAAGAUGUCGAAGCUCUUGUGUGUUGUGUUUAUUUGUAUUUCUGUAAGCGUGGCUCUUCCUGAAUGCUCAAAUAGAAUCUGUGAAAACGGAGGAUUGUGGAGUGAAUGGACCACUACGGAGGCAUGUCCAACUGAAUGCGGAUCUUGCUCGAAAAUAUUGUAUACGAGGAAGUGUCUUUCUUCAAGUUUGGCAGAUUGCGAUUGCAAAGGUGAAUCGUCAAGCCUCAAGCUCUGUAACACCCAAACUUGCCUCCCCGCUUCAGCUAGAAGACCAUGUUGUAAACCAUAUACACCAUUAAAAAUUAAAAAAACAAUGCAAUGUGGACCAUUACCAGAGGAAGAUACAGAUACAUCAAAACCUUGUUGUCCGAAAGGAGGAUUAUGGUCAUCUUGGAGUGGAUAUAUAAGAAACUAUGCAAGCAAUGGAUGGGAAAGAACUCGAUCAUGUUUGUCUGGAACAGCAGGUUGCCAAUGUACCGGUUCAACAGUUGAAACUUCAAAUAAGUGCCCUUGUAGAGCAAUGAUUGAUGUAUCUGACAAAGUCAAAAGAAAUUUGAAAACAUUCCCACUUUCUGUUGACUACGAUGGCAAUUCCUGCACUGCACGUCAAAACUUAGAGUAUUUCAAUAAUGUUCCCACACAGAUUGUUCCAUGCAACGCCUGGAAGAAUUAUUUGUACACAGCUGCUAUCAGAUAUGUCACUCCAAAUGAUAAGAUUGUGGAACAGCGAGUCGCAAAUUGUUUGGCAUUGGGACAGAAACAAGUAUCAUUAUUCUGCGACUUGAACUCAGGCUACUGGAGAUUGGUUUCAAAUAACGAUGAAGUUGUUGGGUUCAACUUAAUCAACUUAAUUUUGUCAUGGGGUAGUUAUGUUUUGUGAGAAUACAAUUUUUGAAUCAAGUAAUGAAUAUAUUAACGAAUA